CAAAAUGAAGUUCUUUUUAAUGAAUACCAAAAAACUGAAUUAAAAUCUAGUGAAUACCUUUUACGCUUCAGACACCUCGUAUGAGAGUGUUUACCCUCAAGCAUCUCGCAGUUGAGUAAGGGUGACAUGUAAGAACUAGGUUACAAUCACUGUGACUCAGACGAUUGCAGUAUUAUUAUGUACACACAAGGCAAUGAACAGGCAGAAGAGUUUUGUCAUGAGGCAGGAUGAGGCUAUAGAAGAGGUGACAACUAAGCUAAAGAAGCCACUCAGGAUGUCAGAAGACAGCCGUUCAGUCAAAAACAGGCACAAUAUCCAAAGGAACUCAUUUGAUCCCUAAAAUUCUGUUAAGAUGUGCUGUAGGUGGUGCACAGUGGCUCACACCUGUAAUCCCUGCACUUUGGGAGGCCGAGGUAGGUGGAUCACCUGAGGUCAGGAAUUCAAGACCAGCCUGGCCAACAUGGUGAAACCCCGUCUCUACUAAAAAUACAAAAAUUGGCUAACACAAUGAAACCCUGUGUCUACUAAAAACAGAAAAAAAAAAAAUUAGCCGGGCGUGGUGGCGGGUGCCUGUAGUCCCAGCUGCUCUGGAGACUGAGGCACGAGAAUCGCUUCAACCCAGGAGGCAGAGGUUGCAGUGAGCCGAGAUCGCACCACUGCACUCCAGCCUGGGCGACAGAGCGAGACUUCGUGUCAAGUAAUAAUAAUAAAAAAAGAUGUGCUAUAAUUGUCUCCGUUUUACAAAAGAAGUCAAGUAACUGGCACAGGUCCCACGCUAGUGAGGGUUUUGGGAUUCAAGCACAGUCCACCUUCGCCCCUAUGCUACACCACCUCAGGCUGUCGGGAGACAGGCGCCCAGUCAAAAGGCACAUGCAAGAAAGCCCACGACUUCUCAAGCAUCGAAGCAGGAGUGGCGCAUCAGUAUUCUCAACUUCAAACUUUGAGAAUAGUCAUGGUAGGAAUCCAUUUUAUUCAAGAAUGGGUUCAGGUGAGGGUGGAUCUGGGCACUGGGUUCAAAGGACAAAUUUGGAGAUUUCAUGAUCCAGGAGGGUGAACAAAUAAGGAAGGGCUAAAGAGAUCCUCGAAGCUGAAAGGUUAGACACACAGAGUUAAUGUCCUCUAAGGAGAGCCAAGAAGGGGUUACAAGUGCUGAAGUCAUCAAGAAAAUGUGCCUGUCCUUCCUGGAGACUGGGAAGGAGAAUUAUGAGGAGGAAAAUCCAGAGGAUGGUAAUAUGGCCUGACUUCAAAAUAACUGAUACCGGGUGCGGUGGCUCACGCCUGUAAUUCCAGCACUGUGGGAGAGCGAGGGGUGUGGAAUCACCCGAGCUCAGGAGUUCGAGACCAGCCUGGGUAACAGGGUGAAAACCCGUAUUAAAAAAAAACAAAAAAAGCCGGGCGCGGUGGCCCAUGCCUGUAAUCCCAGCACUCUGGGAGGCCAAGGCGGGCGGAUCACCUGCAGUCAGGAGUUCGAGACCAGCCUGGCCAACAUGGUGAAACCCCGUCGCUACUAAAAAUACAAAAAUUAGCCGGACGUGCUAGCGGGCACCUGUAGUUCCAGCUACUGGGGAGGCUGAGGCAGGAAAAUCGCUUGAAGCCAGGAGGCAAAGGUUGCACUGAGCCGAGAUUGUGCCACUGCACUCCAGCCUGGAGGACAGAGCAAGGCUCCGUCUUCCAAAAAAAAAAAAAAAGCAAGCAAGAAAAAGAAAAAGAGAAUGGCGAGGCCCAGGGCGACUGAACGUCCCACCCGAGGCCACACAGCUAGCUCAGCCCUAAUGCCGGCCCCGCGCUGCCUUUCCGAACUCACGGCCUCCCCUUGGGAUCCGGGUUUUGGCCUGGGAGCGCCAGGGACUCCACGAGGACGCGCCCCACACUUGCGGGUCUCGGUUCCAGCCCCCGCGGCCCCCAACAAAGAAGGGAAAGUGCUGCGGGUGACGGCCUCGGGGAGCGCUGGGGCUCUACGUCAACCUGAGGCGGCCGCCGACUCAUUUGGGGCCACGCUGGUUGCAUUCGUCACGCCGGGGAUGUCUCUCAAACCCGCGGCCUGCCGAGGACGUUCCAACACCGGAGACCCCAGCGACGCGGGCGCGUCCGUGGCUCUCGAGAACCAGGCCGCGGAGCCGCCGCGAGGGCAGGCGGGGAACUGGCGACUGCCGGGCGGACAGCUGAGGCUUCUCGUCCCCUCGCUACCCUCCAUUCUGGAAGAGGCGGGCCGCGGCCGCCGAACUCCAGCUCUGCGCCUGCCCAGGCGGCCGCGCGCUCAGGGGCAUGGCACUGGCGGGUAGUGAGCGAGGCCGGGCCCACAGGGCGUGCGCGACGAGGCGUGCGCCAGUGGGCGUGGCGUGGCGUAGUGCGAAGGGACGCGGUGCGCACGCGCAUGAGGGCUGCCGCGGGUGGGUGGUGUCGAGGCCUGUUGGGUGAGGGCGGUUCGCGGGUGCUGUCAGAGCUGGGCCGGGGCCUCUAGGCAGGGUAGCCGGGUCGUAGAGGCGGGGGCCAGUCGCGGUCGGUGGAGCGGGAUGAGGAUGUAGGAGGGGCGGACGUGGCGGAAGUCGCGAGGUCAGCGGGGACCGAGUGCCUCUAGGGAGCCAGGGAGGCCUUUCCCGACGCUCCUGGGGAAGAAGGCGAAGCGAGAGUCCCUGGGGAACCCCCACUCCACCCCCAGCCGGAGACUGGGUUGUGCCUGCCCGGACCAGAGCCCACAGUACGAGUUGCUAUAGGCAACCAGCCAGGGUGGCCAGCUCCUCCCCGUUUGCCCGGGAUGUUCUGGUUUUGGGACCAAAGCAUCCUAGGCCUCCAGCCCACUGCAGUGACCGAAUUCUGCGCCCCCUGCCCAUCUUCUCCCACAGCUUCCCUAGAUUAGGCUUGGGAGGCAAGAGGAGGCUUCCUGACCUUUCACACUGCCUUUUUAAUAUUAAGAUGAAGGCACACUCCACAACUUUUUUCCAGCCAGGCCCAGACAUGUCCGUCCUUGUAAGAUAAAACCUUCCAUGGGAGCCUUUCUUCCUAAUCAAGAUGCAAAUAAUACGGCACUCUGAACAGACACUAAAAACAGCUCUCAUUUCAAAGAACCCAGUGCUUGUGUCACAGUAUGAGAAAUUAGAUGCUGGGGAACAACGUUUAAUGAAUGAAGCCUUCCAGCGAGCCAGUGAUCUCUUUGGACCCAUUACCUUGCAUUCUCCAUCAGAUUGGAUCACCUCCCACCCUGAGGCUCCCCAAGACUUUGAACAGUUCUUCAGUGAUCCUUACAGAAAGACACCCUCUCCAAACAAACGCAGCAUUUAUAUACAGUCCAUUGGCUCUCUAGGAAACACCAGAAUUAUCAGUGAAGAAUAUAUUAAAUGGCUCACGGGCUACUGUAAAGCAUAUUUCUAUGGCUUGAGAGUAAAACUCCUAGAACCAGUUCCUGUUUCUGCAACAAGAUGUUCCUUUAGAGUCAAUGAGAACACACACAACCUACAAAUUCAUGCAGGGGACAUCCUGAAGUUCUUGAAAAAGAAGAAACCUGAAGAUGCCUUCUGUGUUGUGGGAAUAACAAUGAUUGAUCUUUACCCAAGAGACUCGUGGAAUUUUGUCUUUGGACAGGCCUCUUUGACAGAUGGUGUGGGGAUAUUCAGCUUUGCCAGGUAUGGCAGUGAUUUUUAUAGCAUGCGCUAUGAAGGCAAAGUGAAGAAGCUCAAGAAAACAUCUUCAAGUGACUAUUCAAUUUUUGACAACUAUUAUAUUCCAGAAAUAACUAGUGUUUUACUACUUCGAUCCUGUAAGACUUUAACCCAUGAGAUCGGACACAUAUUUGGACUGCGACACUGCCAGUGGCUUGCAUGCCUAAUGCAAGGCUCCAACCACUUGGAAGAAGCUGACCGGCGUCCUCUAAACCUUUGCCCUAUCUGUUUGCGCAAGUUGCAGUGUGCUAUUGGCUUCAGCAUUGUAGAAAGAUACAAAGCACUGGUGAGGUGGAUUGAUGAUGAAUCUUCUGACACACCUGGAACAACUCCAGAACACAGUCGUGAGGAUAAUGGGAAUUUACCGAAACCUGUGGAAGCCUUUAAGGAAUGGAAAGAGUGGAUAAUAAAAUGCCUGGCUGUUCUCCAAAAAUAAGGACCUUCAAAUAGGAGUGGUUGAAAUAAAUAAAUACUUGCAUGUUAUGCUUUCAUUUGGGUGGAAUACUUCAUCGGAAUAAACUACUGAUCUUGUGCUGUGUCAAAGUAACAGACUAGAACCUUCUUUCAAGUACCUGAAUUGAAAUGAAACUCAUUUUGAAUAAUAAAAACUCUAGAAACUCUU